AUCCAAGGUGAGAGCAACAAAAAGCUUUGGCGGUGGGCGUGGAUGACAGAAGCUUUAUUAUAAAGCUAAGCGCGCUCUCUCUCUCUGUCUCUCUCUUCCCUGUCCUUUCAUGUUCCUUAUCAAUAGAUCUUCGACAAAGAAUCAAAACUCACAUUAAUAUCUCCUAAUAAGUUAGGAAUCUCCGAUCAAUAUGGCAUUAAGCAAUAAUAUCAUCGGAGCCAUCAACUUCGUUGCCGUGCUCCUUUCAAUCCCAGUCAUUGGAGCGGGAAUCUGGCUCGCCACAGAACCAGACAAUUCCUGUGUGAAAAUCUUGCAAUGGCCUGUCAUCAUUCUCGGGAUAUUGAUCUUGGUUGUGGCACUAGCAGGCUUUGUUGGAGGGGUCUGGAGAGUCCCAUGGCUCCUUAUAUUCUACCUCGUCGCCAUGCUUAUUCUGAUAAUAUUGCUUGCCUGUUUGGUGGUUUUCAUCUACAUGGUCACCAUGAGGGGCUCCGGCCACCUUGAACCGAGUCGGGCUUACUUGGAAUAUCAUCUUGAGGAUUUUUCAGGAUGGCUUCGUCGAAGGGUUAGGAGUUCUUAUAAAUGGGAAGGCAUAAGGAACUGUCUUAGUUCAACACCUAUGUGUGCUGAGUUGAACCAGAGUUAUAGCAUGGCUCAGGAUUUCUUUAAUGCACAUCUUAACCCAUUACAGUCGGGAUGCUGUAAGCCACCGACCCAAUGCGGGUACACAUUCGUGAAUCCAACCUACUGGAUAAGUCCCAUUGCCAUGGCAGCGGACAUGGAUUGCGUGCAAUGGAACAACGACCAGACCCAACUUUGCUACAACUGUGAUUCAUGCAAAGCCGGAUUAUUGGCUAAUCUAAGGAAAGAGUGGAGGAGAGCAAAUAUUAUAUUGCUCAUAACUCUAGUGGCUUUGAUAUGUGUAUAUUUGAUAGGGUGUUGUGCUUUCAGGAAUGCCAAAACUGAGGACCUCUUUCGCAGAUACAAGCAAGGUUAUGUGUGAGAUCAGACGAAUACAAUAUGGAUGAGUAGCCCUGAUAAAUUAAUUAGCUCGACUACUGGAGCGAAUGGCACUUUGGAUGUUUUCACGACUUUUUUUUUUUUUUUUCCUUCUUUUCUUGUCAUUUAGCUGCAUUUCAUGUCUUGGGUUUGAUGAUAUGAUUAGUGUUGAAAAAUGAACAAAGUUGUCAAGAGCUGUGCGUGAUUUGCGGAGGGCACCGAAAGCUGAUAGUAGAUAUAUAGCUUUGUUGAAGUUAAAAGUACAAACGUGGUUACUGUUGGAAGGGCGAGGCGAUCCUUUUUAUGGAGGGUUUUCACUUUUCA